CUGUAAGCGGUAGACAAGGUGUUAUCAAUAUCAUUUCGGGGGAUUCCGUCCAUUAGAGGGCUUUUAGAGCGUAUUGCACCCAAGAAGUAGUUUAUUUAUAAUUUCAAAGCAAAAAGGGUCGAUAAAUGUUGUUAAAACAUGAAAUUGAAUAGAAGAUCAAAAUCGGGCCCAAAUUGAUCCGAAUUAUUAAUGCAUAGAUCUGUUUAUGAAAUAAAUCCGUAAUUCUGUGAAUCUAUCUUGAUGAGCGGGAUUACCAAAUGCAAAGAAUUGUGUGUGGGCGUAUCUUCUCUUUCAAAGCUCUGAAGAAGUGUGAUUAGGUCCUGAGGCACAAUGUCAAAAUAUUUAACUUUUUUGUCAUUUUUGUAUUUCGUGCAAGGCAUUCCUUAUGGUCUCCAGUCCCGCUUUCUUCCAGCAUAUUUUAGGACUCAUGGCAUGUCUUUGACAAAUGUGGGAUUCUUUAAAUUGUUGCUAACCCCGUGGAUGCUGAAAGCGUUGUGGGCACCUCUUGUAGAUCGUCAUGGAACUAAGAAAUUAUGGUUAGUAUGGAGUAUGGUCGGUUUAAUGCUGACUUGUUUUGUAGCCGCUUUCUUGGAUUCUGGUCGUCUGCUUUAUUUGGCCGGCGUUUUAUUAAUGUUCAAUCUGCUCACAUCAACACAAGAUAUAGCUGUAGACGGGGUUGCUAUAGGGAUUCUGUCCUCGUCAGAAUUAGGUUACGGCAAUAUAGCUCAAGUUGUUGGGUAUAAAUUCGGAGCCAUAUUUGGAGGCGGUUUGCUAACCUCCGUAAUUGACUAUAUUAGCUGGACUCUUGUGUUCCAGUAUUUAGCCUUUGUGUAUGGAGUAGCCGUUCUUGUCAUUUAUUCGUUUUUGCCGAAUAAAUUACAGAAAAUUACUAAAAAUAAAUCUAAGGAUGAUAAAUAUCAACAAAGUGAACAAACAAGUGACAUUAAGACCUCCAGUGAAGGAGGCUGGCUUAGAACACAUUUAACGGAUGUUCUGAAUACAGAAGAUACUUGGUGGAUAAUAAUUUAUGUGCUUAUAUAUAAACUGGGCGAGCAAGGCACCCUGAGUAUGACGCCCUUGUUCUUGAUGGAUAAUGGUGUAUCAACGUCGGUUUUGGGUUUUUGGCUUGGUAUUGUUGGACAAACUGUUUCAAUCUGUGGUUCUGUUGUUGGUGGCUGGCUGUUUUCCUAUAAAAAAGUGCCAAUUAUUCAAUCACUGAAUUCUACACAGAAUGCACGAAUAGUUUUAUUGUCCUGUCAGUGCUUUCUGGUUGUUUUCUGGCAAUCAUUAGCAGGUUUUUGGGGUUCCAAUGUAAAUUUAGGUUUAGCGGUGUUAUUUAUGUCUGUGUUAUUAUUAAUCAGUGGUACCAUAACAACAUUGACCUUUACCCUCAUGAUGCAGUGUUCACAAAGGGCUCCAUCAAAUGUACAAGCGACCCAUUACACAACUUUAGCUACCUUUGAGGUUUUGGGAAAAUUGACAUUUUCGGUGGUUACUGGAGCACUAACAGACUUGUUUGGCUAUAAGCUUAUGUUUCUUCUGUUUUUAAUGUUAACAAUGUGUGUGUCACCAUUCCUGUCCACAAUGAAACCACAACUUACAAUUCCAAUUAAAAACAAUGUUAUUGACGGGUACAAUACUUCUUAAUUGGUACUUUCUAACCGUUGGGCUACAGUUCGCGACCACUCUGAAAUACGUCAUAAAAGAUGUACACUCCUUUAACACCCCACCCCACCACUUAUCUGGUGUACCACCAUCUCCACUGCUAUUUCAGCAUCCACCACCGGCGCAGCCGGAUCAAUCCCAGGCCCAGAAACAAAUUAGACCUGACCAACAGACUGAUGGUACAAGCACAAUCUGCUCGAAACCGCCAUGAACAGUGAUGAGACGCCGCCACCCAGGUUUGUUUGACCGAACAGCUCAUAAAACAAAACAACUAUCAUGAGGCCAACCAUCAACAAUAAACACUGUUUUAAUAAUAUCAACCUGCGAAAUUGUAAAUACAAAUAUCAACUGUAGGUGAUGAAUAUUAUCUAAACACCAAUAGUAGUUUUCUGAUCAUGUCCAAUAACAAGGAUGACCCAUCAUUGUAUGACGGAAGGUACAUCUUACAUAAACAUAUGUUACCAGGAUGAUCCUAUCACUAUAUCGCGGAAGGUACAUCUUACAUAAGUAUUAAUGCAAACGAGGAUGAUACAAUAUCUAUAUUUCAGAAGGCACACCUAAACAUACGAAUUUUGCAAACAAGGAUGAUUCCAUCACUAUAUUGCAGAAGGUACAUCUUAAGGUAUUAAAGCAACGAGGAUGACCCCAUCACUGUAUGGGGCUGAAGAUACAUCUUACACAUAGUAUUAAUGUGGAGGAUGAUCCCAUCACAUGCCAGGGUAUCACUAACUGGCAACCUGACGGCCUAUUGUCUGCCAGCUUGACCCAGGGAGGGGUUGUUAUCUAUUGAUCGAAUGGUUAUAGGUGGUUUUGGGAACAUUGAGGGGUAUAUAUGUAAAACAGGCUCUGCACUUAAACGGCGGAAAAGAAGUUGGCAGAAAAUAAAAUUUACUUAAAUGGUGAAUGGACAGUUAGUAAUGACAAAUACAUUAUGAAAAAUGGGCUCUCCCUCAAUCAAAUUAGGUGACAAGCAUGGCUUCUAAAAAUGGAUUUUUAAUAGCUUGAGGUAUCACUAUAUUGCGGAAGUUACAUGUUACAUAAGUAGUAAAAUCCACAACCAUCUCAUACCACUACAAGCGGACCCAUGAUUAUACAAACGUGGAAACGCCAGUCUAGAAACUACCCCAGAAAACGCGUGCAUAUAGACUAGAGUACCCCAUAACUUAAUUGCACACUAUUUACGAUAUUUGCCUUUGGGUUGCAUUUGAGGUGGAAAUGAUGGACUGGUAUGAGAAGAUAGUGGGUAUGGGGCGUCUGACAUAGAAAGUACCUAUCUGUAUCCUGGCGAUAUGCGGCAUAACACUUUUGGAUGAAGCCCCGAACAUAAUAAACAUACAUGUUUAUAUUUACAAUUUCAAGGGCAUGUUUUAUUAUACGCCCACAUUUUCAUGUGGACGUAUUAUGCCGUCGCCCCCGUCCGUCCGGACGUCCGUCCGUCCGUCCACAAUUGUUUGUGGACUUUCUACAGGUCACAAUUCUUAUCCGAUUUUGACGAAACUUGAAAUAUAGGUUUAUCCCCGAAAGAUCUCGGCUGCUUUCGCUAUUGGCAUGUAGAGGUCACAAUUUUUAUCCGAUUUUGUUGAAACUUGAAAUGUAAGUUAAUAACCCAAAGAUCUCAGUUCCUUUCGAUAUUCGCGCAUAACCCAAAGAUCUCAGUUCCUUUCGAUAUUCGCGCAUAUCGGACCGUAACUUCCUGAAUUAUGGGCCCUGAUUGUACGAAAAAUCGCGUUUUUAGCUUGUGGACCCUAUAGAGGUCAUAAUUUUUAUCCGAUUUAAAAAACCGUAUUAUUAUAUCACCACACCCUAAGGAAAGGUUGAGUUCGAAUUUCGUGAAAAUCGGCCCAAAAUUGACAGCAAAAUGGCCGCCGUUCGUUCUCAAAUAGCGUAAAAAUAUGGUAUAUCAAUGUUGUGGACCCUAUAGAGGUCACAAUUUUUAUCCGAUUUUGUUGAAAAUUGAAAUGUAAGUUUAUAACCCAAAAAUCCCGGUUCCUUUCGAUAUUCGCGCAUAUCGGACUGUAACUUCCUGAAUUAUGGCCCCUGAUUGUACGAAAAAUCACGUUUUUAGCUUGUGGACCCUAUAGAGGUCAUAAUUUUUAUCCGAUUUAAAAAAAACGUAUUAUUAUAUCACCGUUACACCCUAAGGAAGGUUGAGUUCGAAUUUCGUGAAAAUCGGCCCAAAAUUGACAGACAAAAUGGCCGCCGUUCGUUCUCAAAUAGCGUAAAAAUAUGGUAUAUCAAGGUUGUGGACCCUAUAGAGGUCACAAUUAUUAUCCGAUUUUGUUGAAACUUGAAAUGUAAGUUUAUAACCCAAAGAUCUCGGUUCCUUUCGAUCUUCGCGCAUAUCGGACCGUAACUUCCUGAAUUAUGGCCCCUGAUUGUACGAAAAAUCGCGUUUUUAGCUUGUGGAUCCUAUAGAGGUCAUAAUUUUUAUCCGAUUUAAAAAACCGUAUUAUUAUAUCACCGUUACACCCUAAGUAAGGUUGAGUUCGAAUUUCGUGAAAAUCGGCACAAAAUUGGCAGACAAAAUGGCCGCCGUUCGUUCUCAAAUAGCGUAAAGAUAUGGUAUAUCAAGGUUGUGGACCCUAUAGAGGUCACAAUUUUUAUCCGAUUUUGUUGAAACUUGAAAUGUAAGUUUAUAACCCAACGAUCUCAGUUCCUGUCGAUAUUCGCGAAUAUUGAAUUGUAAUUUCCUGAAUUAUGGCCCUUGAUAGUAGGAAAAAUCACUUUCUUGUUAGCUUGUUCUCUUUCCAUCUCUCGAAAAUGUGGGCGUAUCCUGCCUGGCAGCCGCUGGUUCCUAUUUUAAUUAGAACAAACACCCAGACUACCUGGGACUGGGGAAUUUGAAGUCAUAGGUUUUUGUAAAAUGGCCAAUUUAUUCUUGCUACGACACUUAUGCCACAACAGCCACUCCACUUGGUCCGAAGACAGGUUGGUUUAUUGGCUUUAAUCAUGCGAAACUGCUGAUCAUAAAAUCUCCAAUCUCCAUCCAUGUCUGCCAUUUUGUUACCGAACCUUACAACGCAUAAUUAUAAUAAUGUAAUAUGGAUGUUUAUAAACUGAUUUAC